UGUGUGUGUGUGUGUGUGUGUUUCUGCAAGCACAGAUCAAGAGAGUGGAGGAUCAGACCAGGUCCUCAAGCCCAGCUUCCUUUCUUCUGAGAAAAAAACAUUUAGAGAGUGUGUGGUGAGUGUGUGUGUGUGUGUGUGUGUCUAGAGAGUGUGUUGUGUGUGUCUAUGACUUUGUAAAUGAAGGAUGUGUGUGUGAUGUCUGCUCUGUGUGUGGAGCUUGAUGGAACCCGGUUGCUCUGUACUGAGAGAUGAUCAGCUAUCAUGCCCACAACAGAAGGAAUACCUGCAGCUGAGAGACAAACUGCACCUACGCAGGAGGACAGUGAGAGGCUGGAGAUUUUGUCUGUGACUGAGGAAGAGGAGCUCCAGAUAGUCGAGACACCGUCCACCUUUAUCGUGAGCUCACAGGGCAGCCAUACCAGCGACCGACCUCUUGACCUAUGGGACGCGGACACUCAGGAUCCCCACGUCCCUGACGGUGCUCCACGCACACACCACCCCCAUGUCCCUAACGCCGCUCCAAGCACACACCACCCCAACAGCCCCGCGCCCCUGUCACAGCCUCGAGCCAGCACCAGCAUGCCCAUCAUCAAAGUGCUGCCCUUCGCUGGAGGAGAUGAUCUGUCAGAGGGCUGGAGUUUCCCCUGGUGUUCCCUUCGGCUGCUGUUGCUGUUGGUAGUGUGUGCGCUGGCUGCCAUAGGAGUCAUCCUGGGAGUGGGGCUCGGAGUGGGUCUAAGUUGUGUAGGGAAGGUUCGCUGCUCCUCAUCAGGUCUGUGCAUCAGCAGGACAGCGCUUUGUGAUGGACAGAAAGACUGCACUGGAGGAGAGGACGAGCUCAACUGCGUGCGUGUGAGUGGGCGGAGCUCAGUGCUGCAGGUACGCAGUAAGGGGGUGUGGCUUACGGUUUGCUCAGAACCCUUGGAAGCAAAUUUGGGACAGACUGCUUGCAAGCAACUGGGCUUCUCCAGCUAUGUGAGUUCCUCCGCGCUACAGAUUUCUGCGAUUGAGCCCGCCCUUCAGAAUGAUCUAGUGUCGGUGAAUCUGAGUCAGUCGUCAAGUCAGCAGAGCAUCAAAAUACACACCUCUCACCUCAGUAAGACCGCAAAGUGCAGCUCUGGGGCAGUGAUCACACUGAAAUGCAUCGAGUGUGGUUCUAGGGCACGGCAAGGUCUUCGGGUGGUGGGGGGGAACGCGUCGAAGGCGGGGCAGUUCCCAUGGCAGGUCAGUCUCCACUACCAGAAUCAGCACAUCUGUGGCGGGUCCGUCAUCACACACACCUGGAUCAUCACUGCUGCACACUGUGUCUAUGGAUUCCCUGAGGUCAGUCUGUGGACAGCGUUGGCUGGUAUGGUGGACCAGCCGCUGACCAGCGUGGGCUCUCUGAGCAUCCGGAAGAUUCUUCCCCACGCUCGCUACCGCCCCCGCAGCCUGGACUAUGACAUUGCACUCCUGCAGCUCUCUCAGCCAAUCAGCUUUAAUGGGCUGGUGGAGCCCAUCUGUCUGCCCAAUGCAGGGGAAGAGUCUCAGGAGGGCCACAUGUGCUGGAUCUCUGGCUGGGGGGCAACCGAGGACGGAGGAGAGACCACUGUCCAGCUCCAUUCAGCUCAGGUGCCCCUGAUUUCAAGUGCGGCGUGUAAUGAGCCUCAGGUUCACCAGGGCAGCAUCUCCCCCUGGAUGAUCUGUGCGGGAUACCUGGAGGGAGGCAUCGACACCUGCCAGGGUGACAGCGGGGGGCCCCUGGCGUGUGCAGGGGGCUCCGGCGUGUGGACGCUGGCUGGGGUGACCAGUUGGGGGCGGGGCUGCGCUCAGCCGAACAAACCAGGCGUUUACACACGCAUCACCGCUGCCCUACCCUGGAUACACCAGCAGCUGGAGAUAGUUUGUAUUGUUUAGAGGGAAGAGGCUCAGAGCGGUUGACCAGCCUGAAGAUGGGGGCUGUGCAGCCAGCAGAGAUCAUCCCCAUGACAACCUUAAGAGCCACUUCGGGAAUGCACCUCUGAAAACCACAUGGAUGGACUGAUAGAUUAGAUGUUUAAUGAGCCACCACCUCUCCAGAGGAGAGAAAUGAAAUGCUGUAUUUAAAUAUGUAUUUAUAUUAAUAUUGGAUUUAUGUAUUUACAUUA